AUGUCCGCUGCGUGUGUCGACCAAGAAAAGAGCGGUGUAGGGCAAAGGCAGCAAAGCGUGGUGAACACGGAAAGUGCGGGACAAGGGUCGUCGAUAGGGUCGUCUAGGGGUAUUGAUGAGGAUGAGGAGCUGAGUGAGGAUGGAAAGGUGAUGGUGGUGGACCAAAGGAGGAAUGCCCUGCUCGUGUGUCGGCGGACCGUCAAACGUCUGGGAGCGGCUCAGGGACAAGAAUCAACGGUUGACGAGAGGCGCUGCAGCUCUGUACGCAAAGAGGACUGGCCGGAAGAAGGACCGGGCGCUGGAGCAGAUCUGGGUGCGAUUGCCCAAGACGCUGAGGAGGCCAACGAAAGCUUGGAGAGAGGAGGUCGGGGUCGGGGCGACGACGGCGUGAGGAGCAGCGCCUUAGGUGGACGUGAUGAGAGGGCGGCAGCGAUGGGCGAGAAGCGUCAGAAGCGAGCGCACCGGACAGGUCGAGAAGAGCAGGAGGAGGCGCCGAUCAAGCCCGUACGAACGAGCCAGUGCCAAAUGCUCGAGAUGCGGCGUGAGGAACGAUGUGCCGGCAACGGCAGACAGGGAAUCAAGGAGAGACAGAGGCAGGGAUCGAUGGGCGUGGCCAUGCGCCCCAACGUCGCGGCGAGGAGAGGAACGCAUCGCAACGCGUAG